AUGACGGAUUUUUACGGCCAACAAGCUACAAACCGCAAGGAAGGGUAUUGCCUUAUGUGGAUCGUUCCCUCCAUCAAACGACAGACGGAGGCAGGCGAGCAGAACUCAGGGCUAGAAGGAAGGCGUAUUCAAGCUGGAAAGACUCGUGAACGAGAAGCUAUCCGUGAGGCUUUGAAGCUUCUUUGCGUCAAUCCAUACUAUUGUUUGAUCGGUUCUCAGGGUAGUAGUUUUGAAUCUUUGAUGCGCACGAGGAAAGUCAUCAUGAUCAGACGACAAGUGUAUCCGAGUCAAUGCUCGACUGAUCCUGAUCCUGGUAUCUCCCAGCUAGAUAAGUACAAAUAUCUUCUUCUUAGAGUUCUUGUUGAGUUCUGUCGCGUUGAUGGCCAGGGGACUCAAAGUUCGGGCGCUGCGCCCGCCGUGCGGAACUGGCCCUUUGUGGCUUCUGGCCGCCUUUCAUCAGGAGGACUGCUGCGCCAUGCGGAAAUCUCCAUGGGUAUCCUCUUGCCUCAUCCGAUGGUGGGACAGGAAAUUCUGAAGGCUGUACACCCACCUUCUCCUCCCUAUCUUCCGGUUAUCAGCCUCUCUAUGCCGCCGUUCGACAUUACCGCAGCCCAAAUUGUUGGGCUGUUCAUGGAGUCGGUAUUCUAUGGAAUUUACCUCGUCACGUUCUUUUCAACCAUGCGAGUUCUUCUCUGGAAAGAUGGCGCCGUCAAACCGUUCAAAAUUAUCAACAAGCCCAUGGUCGUCGCAGCGCUUUUUAUGCUGUUGUUUGGGACGAUGGACGUUGGAUUUGGACUGCGCCAUAAUUUAGACGCUUUCGUGUACAGCGUUGGAAAGCAAACCCCGGCGGCUCAGUUUGCCCACAUUUCAUACUGGGUCAAUGUCAUGAAGUUUGCAGAUUACAGUGCGCAGACGUUCAUUGGAGAUGGUAUUCUAUUGUACCGCUGCUACAUCAUUUACAACCGCCGAUGGUUCGUUAUAGUCGGACCUGCGUUGAUGUGGAUCGGAACUGCUGUUUGCUCUAGCUUCACUAUUUACAUCGAAGCUAGACUGGAUACUGGAGUCCUGAGCCAAUCUCAACUGAAACCGUUCAUUACAUCAACUCUCGUCCUCACGCUAGCAACAAAUGUUAUAACCACAUCUCUUAUCGUGUAUCGUAUAUGGACGGUGAAAAGGCGCACAUCAAAAGAGCGGACAAGCAUAGGGCCAUACUCCCGCAUCCUACGGGUUUUGAUUGAAUGUGGAGCGAUAUACACAACCUCCAUCGUCAUCCUCUUUGUGUGUUAUUUGGCGAAUAAUAAUGCGAUUCUUGGUGUCUCUGAUUCGGGUAUAACUUUCAAUCUGCUCAUUCUCAGCGUCGAUCGCGGAACAAUCACUUAUGCUCAAUCAAACCAGGCUUCCUAUUCCAAUUACGUUAACACCGUCCGUUCGGAGAUUGAUACUAGACAGCAUUCUGUGCCUCUUCAUCUCAUCUCUGUCAAGACCAUGACCGUGCGAGAUCCGCCAGAGACCGAUUCAGUUGAAAAAGAAGGUCAAGAAAACGAGUUAGAUAGGGAGCCGGGGCGUAAACUAUUGAGAAAUCCCCCUUUCUGCGAAAACCCGAACGGUUUCCUCAGCAACCCUAAACCUUCACAUGACCUCCGGCUGCCAUUAUAG